CAUGUUACUUAUUUGAAUAUGAAGCAUGGUGAAUUAAGACAAACAGUGAUGUGAUUAUUGAUUAGAGAUUAGGAGAAAAGAUGCCAUAAAAUAUAGGAGCAGAACUGUUGAGGAAAGGCCCAAUUCAACAACCACCAUCCCCUUUCAUUUUCUCAAGGAGGCUGCAUACCAACUCCACCAUCAAAAGUAAAGGCAACGAAACUUACAAAACUUGUUUAUAAUGCAAAAGGGUCACUAUCUUCCAAGUUUGGAGAUUGUGGGACCCAGUUAGGAGGCAGAACAAGAAAAUGAGACAACACAAGAGAGAGUCUCAAGAAGACAAAGGGAGAACAACAAAAAGCAAAGGAAAGAAAAGGGAAAACCUCAAAUCCAUUCAUCUUCCAAAAGGAAAAACUAAAGUCUCUUUAAUGGCUCCUCUCCUUGUGUCAACUUUAUAGAGAAAUCUUCACUGAGAUCAUCACCUAAAAAGAGAUACAUUUACAGAUUCUCACACACAACUUUGUGUUCCUUAUCUGCAUCACAAGGUACCAACCAGAAGAUCUCAUUUAUAGGUAAUUAUACACAUACUGGAAGUAGUAGUAGUGGUAGUACUACUACUACUACUACCCUUGCCAUCACCAAUGUUGUUGAGUUCCAUUUCCAGCACCAAGAAGUUCUUUCAAAAGACUAUAAAGAACUUCAAGUCUUUCUUCUCCCCGGGUUACCAAAGGCUUCCAAAAACUUCUCCUCACGGCCAUUUCUCUUAUUCUGUGCCUGCAUCAAGUGCCAUGGACAUGACCAGCAACACAAGCUAUCAAGACACGGAGAAAUUGUACACUGACUUCUCAGACCAAUGGGAAUCAGAAACGGAGAAAACAAGAAGAAUGAAGAAGAAAGCUGUGCCUGCAUUGCCAUCAAAGCAAGAAAGUGAGGUCUAUAAUGGAAGCUACAUCAGCUUGUCCAAUGCAAGCCAUGCUCAGAAGAAGAACAAGAUGGAGAAAAAAGAAGAAAGUGGUGGUGGUGCCAACCAAAACGACAGGAAGAGAAGCUUAACUCUAGAAAAGGGAAGGCAUCAGAAAGAGUCAUCAUUCAUGUCUAUGUGUAUGAGAGAACACAGAUACUGCAUGGUGGAACAGAAGCUGAGAGAGUUGGAGAUGUUGGACAUGAACAAUGUGGAGUAUAUAUUAGACAUUGAAGAGGUUCUUCACUACUAUUCUAGACUCACUUGCCCUGCAUAUCUUGAAAUUGUGGAUAAGUUCUUCUUGGAAAUGUACUCAGAGUUGUUUGGUCCAUCUAUGAGGCAUGCUUCACCUUCCAGUGUCUCUAGGAACAACCUAAGAUAUCAGUGAGAGUUCUUAUGUUUGUUUAGUUUUUGUCUUGUUUCAUAACUUUUUCAGACUCUCUAAAGAUCAUUUGACGUUUUCUAUGUGUUUAUUGACCUUCAAUUUGGUGGAUGGUAUUAGCUGUUUGUGUUUUGUUUGUCUAAAUAAUUCAAAAGCUUUAUUUAUUUUGCUAAUUAAUAUCUUUAAUUGAUCAAAGCAUUUCAUUGACAUCACUUUAUGAUAAUUGCUGAAAAUUGUUGCGUUUUCCAAAAUAGUAAAUAUUUUAACGAUAGUUUUCUGGGUUGU